GGUGGGGGGAAGAGGGGGAGUGUGGGGGGAGAGGAAGCAGCUUCGGUAUUUAGAGCGAAUAUAAAUAGCCUAGCUGUGUGGUUCCCAACCGCAGCCUCCCUGAACAUCUCAGUGGGCAGGGUUCCUCAGCUGUCUGUCUGUCUGUCUCCCCAUCCUGACCAGGGACAGAGGAGAGCAGCCUGGCAAGGUUUUGAACUGUGCCACUCCCCCAGCACAUACGUACCUCCACAUACGUAAAUACACAAUAUAUAAUACUCACACUGGGACAUACACACAAACACGCACAUAUAAACACACACACUUAGAUACGGAGCGUCAGUCCGCACAUCCCACAGCCCGGCAGUCCCGGAGCCAAACAUGAGGACCGGCACUUUCAUCCUAGUCCUAACCACGGUGGCCACGGUGAGCCCCCAGAGGAGGAGGGCCGAGGGCGGCGCCCACCGCCGUUACCACCGGGUGCAGCACGGUCAGUGCAGCUACACGUUUGUGCUGCCGGAGCCCGAGCCGUGCCCGCCAGGGCCGGAGGCCUUUGGCGGCAGCGCCAACACCCUGCAGCGGGACUCCCCGGCAGAAGCGCUCCAGGGGAAUGACUGGUCCGUCCAGAGGGUGCAACAGUUAGAGCGGGUCCUGGAGAACAACACCCAGUGGCUGCUGAAGCUGGAGAGCUACAUCCAGAUGAAUAUGAAGUCAGAGAUGGUUCAGAUCCAACAGAACGCAGUCCAGAACCAGACGGCAACCAUGCUUGAACUUGGCACCAACCUACUCAACCAGACAGCCCAACAAACAAGAAAACUCACCGAUGUGGAAGCCCAGGUACUGAACCAGACAUCCAGAAUUGAGCUCCAGCUGCUUGAGAACUCACUGUCCACAAACAAACUAGAGAAGCAGCUGCUUCUGCAGACAAAUGAAAUCCACAAACUGCAGAAUCGGAACAGCGUGCUGGAGACGCGGGUGCGGGCCAUGGAGAGCAAGCACCAGAGCGAGCUGGAGGGCAUCCGGGGCGAGAGGGAGAAGCUGCGGCGCCUGGUGAACCGGCAGAGCAGCACCCUGGAGGGCCUGGAGAGGAGCCUGCACGCGGCCAACAGCAACACCAGCCUCCUGCAGAGGCAGCAGCGGCAGCUCCUGGACUCCGUGCAGCGCCUGGUGCACAUCGUCUCCAGCGGCAAGGCUCUGCUACAGAAGGAUGAGCGGUCCUUCCAGGACUGCUGGGAAAUCCGCCUCUCCGGGGUCAACGUCAGCGGCGUCUACACCAUCCACGUGGCCAACUGGACGGAGCCCAAGAAGGUAUACUGUGACAUGGAGACCAGUGGUGGGGGAUGGACCCUCAUUCAGAGACGAGUGAAUGGCAGUGUAAAUUUCCAAAGGAACUGGAAAGAUUACAAACAGGGCUUUGGCGAUGCUGCUGGGGAGCACUGGCUGGGCAAUGAGGCGCUGCACCAGCUCACCAGUCAGGCGCCCUAUGCCCUGAGGGUGGAGCUGCUGGACUGGGAAGGGAACCAGGCUCACGCCCAGUAUGAGCGGAUCCAGCUGGGGAGCGAGCAGCAGUUCUACAGGUUGACACUGAAGGACUACAGCGGUACGGCCGGACACCAGAGUGGCUUGGUCCUCCAGGGCACCAACUUUAGCACCCGAGAUUCUGACAACGACAACUGUCUUUGCAAGUGUGCUCAGAUGCUGUCCGGAGGAUGGUGGUUUGAUGCCUGUGGACUCUCCAACCUCAAUGGUAUCUAUUAUCCAGCCAAGCACAAUGUCCGAAAACUCAACGGAAUCCGGUGGCACUACUUCCAGGGCCCCAGCUAUUCCCUCCGGGCCACCCGCAUGAUGGUGAGGCCCACAGACUUCUAGAACUACAGCUCAGCUUGGGAAGGCACCAGUGGCAACUGGGGGGACAGAAAUACCCACAUCUCAGCACACAGAAGGGCAAUUGAGAUGCCCGGAGGUCUGCCUGGAGGAGGAGCAGGACCCUAAUAGACCAUCAGAUCCCACAAGUUAGUCUGGACUCCUCAAAACAGGACUAUCUUGGACAGUCUCAAGGUGCUGGAGUCGGCCAGCCUGUCUGUCUCCUGGAGGCAUUGGUGCUAGAGCUCAGAUUCUUGGGGCUCCGGCCCCGGGGAAAGGUCCCACAAUGGGUCCCUGGCUGCUGGGACACGGGCCCCACUUUGGGGGGGAGGCUUCCUCUUACCUUCUAUUGAUCCCAUCUAAUUCAGUUUCUGCCCUGACCUCUCUCAUCUCCCAUCCCGCCCAUUGUCCUUUCCCUCCUCGGUCUGGGCGGCCCCGGCUUCUCUUCAGUGCUGCCAUCCAGGAUCCUCAUUUCAUGGCCAGAGGAGCUGGCUCCACUUCUCCCCCACCACCACCACCCACACACAUUUUAAUUAGAUCCAGAGAAUCCUCUUCAUUCAAAAAGCCCAACCUUCGAGUCCUUGGUUUCUGCUGGUCUCCCUGGCUUGAAGUCCCAGCAGCGAGGCUGGCCUGCUGAGCAGGAGGAGAAAGGAGGGCAGAAGGGGGACGCCCCUGGGGUUCUUUCCCUUGAAGAUGCCUGGAGACCUUCUCCCAGAAGCAGACGCCGCGACCUUAAAGAAGUGACUCCCUCUCAGAAAGGCCCAACAACCCGUGUGUGUGUCCCCAGAAGCAGUCGGGAGAGCCUGUUAUGGGCAGCAGGGUCUGGGCAAAGGGGACUGGCGGUCUCAGAGAGAUGAACCUGUGAAUGGAAACAAUCCAACCUGGAGAGCAGGGAGGGGUGGGAAGCUGGACCCUGAGGAGCUCUGCCGGCCUCCCCGAGGUACCCAGCCCAUUGUUUUCCCCAAAGGAUUAAACCCUAACUUUAUAACCAGUCAUUUCAGGGCAGGCCAGCUUUAUUUGGAUCAGGCAACCACCCAUCUUCUGGGCAACAAAAAUAUGCAAGAGAUACAACCAGUCUGGACCACCGCCCUGCCCCAUGCAAUCCUCCUCUAUCUAUAAUGAUUCCCCUCUUCAUUUUCCCACUACCUUGUGCUCUCCCCACAUCCUCCCAAAUCUGUCUUCUGGAAAAGAGGUGAGAUGUCUGUCACAAAUCUCUCUCUAAAAUGAUCCAGGCCCCUGUUCCCUCUCCCAGGGGGACUUAUGGCCUUAACAUGGCCACUGUUGAGGAGGAGGGGAGAGCAAAGGCAAGAGAGAGAGACAUGAAGGGCUUUGUCCCUUAUAGAGGGAGAGCAAACAGGGAAGGUCCAGAGGUACAGGAGGCCUCCUUUUCUGUCUCUAGGUCAGGCCAGCUCUGUGUUCCUGGGGAGCACAGAAGAACAAACCCCAUACUAGCUUUCAAGCACUCACAAUCUAGUUGGAGACAUCAGCUCCAUUAAGCAGACAGAGAAAAAAGAUAUAUUCUUGGUGCUAUGGAAAGAUCAAUGGUUCAAAGGAUAAUCUGUAAAAAUGAAAGGAUAUGGGGUCCCUUUGAUUUCCAAAUACAUGAGUAUGUGAUUUAGGUAAUAGUCUGUGAGACUUUUUUAGAGCUAGUAAGGUACAGAUAGGGUAGCAGGUAUUCCAAGAAGGAAAGAUGAGUUAAGUUUGGAAUAAUCAAAGGUUUCCAAAGGAGAGGGCACAGGAUAGGUUGGGAAAGACUAGAAUUGUGUGCAGAAGGAAGAAUAAAAUUUGGGCCAAGAGGGCAAGAGAAACAGAAGUUGGUAAAGUUUUUUUUUUUUUUUCCUUGAUUCAGAGACGGUUUAACUCAUUGGAUGUCUGAGUCAGGAUCCCAAAGAACAUUGAGCCAAAUUGUAUUUGCUCGGUGGUGAGACAGCAUGAUAUUUAGGAUUGAGGUCUAAGUGGGAAUCUCAGCUCCACUACUUACCAGCUACUAGACCUUGGACAAAGAGUAAUCUCCUUGGGUCUGAGUUUCUUCAUUUGUCAACUUCAUUUGUAAAAAGGGUUGAACUAGAUGAACUCUCUCAAGUCCCUUCCAGCUUGAAAUAUAUUAUCUUAAAUUUUAAUGGGGAUAAAUGUAAAAUCCUACAUUUGUGGUUCAAAAAAUAAAUUUUACAAGUACAAGAUGGAGAAGAUAUGGUAAAAUAACUUCCAUUCUGGGAAGAGAUCUGAGAGUACUGGUGCAUUAUAAGCAAGGGUGUCCUAGUAAAUGUUUAACAACUGACUUUCCAAAAAAUGUAUGGCACUCACACAUUUAAGUUUAAUCUGCAUUGUUAACAUUUUUCCAACACUUUUUAAAGCUUAGACAACAAAACAAUAAAUCAAGCCCUGAUUUCCAAGGUAUAAA